AUGCAUGUCUUAAUACAGUUUAACACAAAUUUGCUUUUUAAAUUCCACAGUUGGUUUUCUUUCUCUGCUGCGAGCUUCCAAGACGAAAAGGAAAGAAGGAACAACAGUAGUGCCAAAAAGGGCCAUGGCCAUGUUCAGCCUAUUUGCUGCACGAAAUGUGCCCGAUGCGUGCCCAAGGACAGGACCAUUAAGAAAUUUGUCAUUCCAAACAUAAUGGAGGCCGCAGCAGUCAGGGAUAUUUCUGAAGCGUGCGUCUUUGAUGCCUAUGUACUUCCCAGGCUCUAUGUGAAGCUACAUUACUGUGUGAGUUGUGCAAUUCACAAUAAAGUAGUCAGGAGUCGAUCUCCCGAAGCCCGCAAGGACCGAACACCCCCACCCCGAUUUAGAACUGUAGGUGCUGCCCCAGAACCCCCACCAAAACCCAUGUAAGGAGCUGAGUAAAAGAUUGAAGGCAACUAUUCUCUGGAGAAAAAUAACAUAGAUAUUGUACUUGAUAUUGCUUAUUAAGUGUAUCUGUGCCAGAUAGGGUGGGGAUUUUGUGUGUGUUCGACCAAGUGUGAA